AUGGGGUCGGUCCUUUGGUGGGGAGAUUUGAAGGAGCCGCUACUUGGUGGUCUCCGGAUGGAGGGGGCCUUUACCCUUGUUGAGCCUAGACUGGACAGGGGCACUAUGGCGAGAGUGUACUGGCUGGUUUGGCUGGGUAUGCCCAACAUCCUAGCUAAGGUUCAGCAGUUGGGAGCUUCGGCAGGUGUCUGGCACCUCGGAAGGAUGUUUUCCUUCGAGGGGGAAGAAGGCAUGUCUGCCUUUGGUGCUAGUUGCUUUGAUGUUGGAUAUGCUCGGUUGAUUAUGGAAUCUGUAUCCUCCCCUUUUCUCUCAACCAAAGCUUAUCGAACAAGACCGCACUCGUCCCACAAUCCCGCGAUCGCAAUGGAGGCUUCACCUCCUCAUUGCACCACCGGUGUGAACCUACAGCAGGCCUGUGUUGUCGCACCACCACAUGGUUCUACAGUUGGAACCGGCAACCCACCUCAUGGCCCCGAUGCUGAAACAGCCGUGCAGCCUCACAACUCAUCGUUGCCAGCGUCAUCCAGCCUCCCUGCUCCUUAG